GAAAAAAUCGAUCGCUAUAAUAUUAACCUAUAUUUGUAUUUUUCAUUGUCAAACGUAGGAAUGACGAUGUUUGUGUAGCCGCUUAGUGAUUAAAUUAGUGUUAGUUAUGCCGAAUAAGGUGUUGAAAAGAUUGCGUUGAGUCCUGCGUGGUGUGAUUUAGGGGCCCUAAUCGCCGGUUCAAACGUUUUAAUUCCAAUAUGGCUACUAAUAACAACCAGAAUGGUUGGUUAACUGGCCUCAACAUCGGCAUCGGGGGCCCCCUGACCGUGGUCCCCGAACAACAACAAUCCGGGACCACAUCUGAAAUGAAUCAAUUCGAACAAAUCGAUCGGAACGCGACCGCCAGCAACACCCUAAAGAGAAAUCCUAAAAUGGAAUUGACCAAAACAGAUCUACUUAAACUUGUUACUUGUUUCGAAGGAGAAAUUCAAGCCAGGGACAUUGCUAUAGCAGCUUUAAAGUCUGAAAAAUUAAAACAAGUAGUUAAUUUGGGUCGUUAUCGUCCGGCUGUGAUGUCAGAUCCUUACACAGCGCUUUUACGUGAUACAAUAGCAGAUACCCCAUCUUCAAAGCUUCCAUACAGUGAAAAAGAAAUGCAAGAAGCAGCAGAUGCUCAAAUACAGGCGUUAGAGCAAUUGGCAAUGCAGCAACGUCGAGCACAUCAACACAUGGUGAAUAUCCUUAAAGAUGCUGAGGCGAAACAUAAGAAAGUCAUACAAGAAUUGGAAGAAGAAAAAUGUAAACAUGAACAUGAUACAGCUCAAGGAGACGACAUCACAUACGGCUUAGAAAUGGAAAGAAGUCGAUUAAAGCAAGAACUUGAAGUGGAAAAAUUAACAAGAAAAAAAAUGGAGAAAGAGGUUAAAAGACAGCAAGAGUUGGCAGAUGAAGAAAGAGCAAGGCAAAAACAGAUCGUUUUAUUACUCUUGGGCGACAGGAAAAGGGUGAUUAUUAAAUACAUAGAAGAAAGAAGGCGGAGCGAAGAUUUAGCGCAGAUUUUAUCAGAGGAAAAAGCUAGAAUUGACAGUAUGGCGGAAGGUUUAGAAGAAGAAAGCAAGAAAUCUUUACGAAUGGAAGCCGAGUUAGAAAAACAACUUCAUCUAUUCGAUUCGGAAAGAAAAGCUUUAAAAUCUUCUUUAUCAACCGCAGAAUUAAAGUGCCAAGAACUUGAAGGUGAACUUCAAAAACUUCGUACACUAUAUGAAGAUGUUUUAAGAACUCGAGCCAGAGAUCCUGGAGAUACAGCUGUACCUAUGACUAGUAGUGUUGCAAAAGCUGUUCAACCCACAGCCACUGUUUCUAGUGUUCCUGUUUCUGGACCCACUACAGGAAUCGCUCAAUCUGUUACACCAGGGCAAGCUUUACGUCAAACUGCUGUUGCUCCAGUUAUACCAGCUUUAAAGGGUACAGCGUCAGCUGUAGUUAUUCCAUCAGUACAAUCUCAAUCAUCGAGGACAUCGUCAUCUAGUAAACAGUCGACUUUUCAUUCUCAAAUUCAAAGUAAUGUGGCACCGGCAACACCACCAAAAAAAGGUAUGGUGGCGUCCAGAGGCGUCCCUCCGCCGAUUCCGCCAAAUAAACCAGUGAUUCCUACUAAGCAAUCAUCGUCGCGGCGACCGGAAAGUUCGGAAUUGGAAAAGAAGAAGCAGGCAGCUCCUCCGUCGGCAGGUAAAGAUGGUAAAGAUUCGGCAUCGGAAGGAGGAGGUGGCGGCAGGUCCGCCGCUUCCGGCAUAGAAAUGCUUGUCGGCCAAGAAUUGGCGGACUACCAACAAGUGUUCGUUACAAUGGCGACUAGUAAUAGUACUUAAAUUGACUUAAAAUUACCGGGUGGUUAAUGAAAAA